AAGAUUUUUUACAGUGUUUACGACUUUUGCCCUGUUUUUCGCUGAACUCAUUUUGUUCAACGUUUCUACAUAUAAUGCAGUACAAACAUUUUUCUUUGAAACUCUAACCAUUAUUCAAUUUCUAAAGCUUCUUACACUACCCCUAUGAUUCUAUUUUGGGCAUACUUUGCUGUACUUAUUGCUAUGUCAAAUUGAGUUAAGUAUGAAGCGCUAGAGGAGGCAGCAGGAAAGUGGUUUUCGUUGAACAGCAUUAAAAAUACUUGGCAAAACUUACUAAUGUGAUACCCACUAUUUAUCACCCCUUAAAAUGAUAUACUUGAUACGUAUGUACGCUCUUUAGUAUUUCAUCCUGUAUCUUCUUCUUAAGGUACCAACUCCAUUCAAUGAAGAUCGGCAACUAUCUUGGCAAAUUCGUUUCGAUCUUGCGCACUCCUCAGCAAUGUAUGGGAGUCCAGUCCUGUCCAAUCCCUCACGUUCUUUAACCAUGAGCCUUGUCUCCGCCCCGGCCCUCGUCUACCCUCAAUUUUGCCUUCUAUUAUAAAUUUUAGAAAUGCAUACUUAUUGCCUCUCAUGAUGUGUCCGAGGUAGGCCGUUUUCCUUUUCUUAAUGAUGUUUAUGAGGUCCCGUUCUUUGUUCAUUCUUAGUAAUACCUCUUCGUUAUUUACAUGGUCAGUCCAGGGUAUUCUCAGCAUAUGUCGAUAAACCCACAUUUCUAACUCCUCUAAUUUGUUUAGCGUACUAGUCUUUAGCGUCCACGACUCGACCCCAUACAAUAGCACAGAAAACACAUAGCAUUUAACGAAAUUAUUCCGGAUUUGGGUAUUAAGGCUUUUGUCACUUAGCAAGUUUCGCACUUUCAAAAAUGCUGCUCUGGCCAUUUCUAUUUUUGUUCUUAUUUCCACAUCAGGAUUUAGAUCUUCUCCAAUCCAGCAACCCAGCAACCCAAAUAUCUAUCUGUAUGAUGAAGACAGAAAAAAAAAGUUUUGAAUAGCUUGAAACUUUAACUGAUACCACGGUAUUCCGCAUAUAAAGUCUAAUAUCGAUUAACCAGUUUUAAGCAGCAUGUAUAAAUAAAAUAUAAAAUUCAAAUCACAUUGGACAUUAAACACGAGCAGAAUAUGUGGAACCUUAAAAAAUAUAAAAUAGAAAUUUCGCAAAGAAGGGCAUACUAAGUAAUGUGGAUAGAUCGUUGAGUUGAUUUUCGAAAAAUAGCGAAUAAACCCCGCGCGAAAUUUCUGCCACGGUAUGGAAGCGAGCAACGAUCUCCUGCUGCCCUCUCUUCGAUCGAUUGUUUCACGUUUGUCUGCUAACGUCGAAUCGGUCGGGCGCAACAUUGUCUGCCGGCUGCACAGCAGGAUUUAUGAAUUCCAUUGAUAUGUUGACUGGCCGGCCAAGUCAGUUGCCUUCGCGCAUUUGUAACACGUGCAUAAAUAGCAAUGGACUCCGGUCAUCGUUUGACCGGCUUGUUCCAGGGCCUUGUCGUUUUCCUCGUGUGUUUUAUUAGGCUGCAAGCGUUAGCUCUCCAGUUACCCGAUACGUCGGGAAUUGACGGUCAGCUAACUGCCAACCACAAUAUCGACCAUUUCUUCUCGCUGUGGCUGAUUUUUAAUAACGACGAUGUCCAAAUAUCAGACAAGCCAUUUACGAUAUUCGCCCCCCAAAAUUCACCCACCGUACAAGAAAAGCAACUCCUUCGACAACCGGAACUUGUUAAACGUCUUCUACUUGAUCACGUAGUGCCUGACACUCGAUUCGAUAUCGCUAACGUUACCGCCAACAGUUCGAUCACGACACUAAGUGGAAAAACCGUUCAAAUCUGGUUGGAUAAAAACGGAAAACUUAAAGCUAAUAACGCUUCCAUUGUGGAAAACAAAAUUGAGGUACCGAACGGGAAUCUGGUCAUAAUCGACAGCUAUUUAUUUCCGAUCACGAACAGAUUGGAUUAUAACGAGUCCGCCAUAUCUGCAGCAGGAGCGGAAACUAAUAUGAGAUCAGCAGAUGAUGCAGUCACGUUUCCCAUCGCGAUGGAGAUCACGAAGCGUGACAAACAUGAACCGAACACCAAAUUCGUAGAGAACGUGCUGGAAGUUUUGUCGUUUUUAAAGAGUCGGGUCAGAGUUUUUCAGCACUUUUUGUCCAGAUCUAAUGUUUCGCAGUCGCUCAACGAAGGUGAGGAAUAUACGGUGUUCGUUCCGACAGAUCAUGCUUUCCAGAGGUGGCAUCCCAUCGAUUGGGGCUUUUAUCCAUUUAGUGUUCCCGAAUUUACCGAAAGUAUUAUUAUUAACCACUUCAUUAAAGGUAGAUUAAAGCAGAAUUCGAUACAGGAUGGACAAGCAGUUAGAACACUGGGCGGAAGAGAGAUCGUAUUUAAGAAAAUUCCGAAUUUAAUGGUUAAUGGAGCUUCGAUAGUGAAAGGAGAUACCCCAGUAAAAAAUGGAAACAUCAUGUUUAUAGGCGAAGUGUUGUUUAUAAAUGAGUCGGUUGUAUCGAAGUUGCAUCAACAGAACCGAGAUAAGGAAACUCCCCCGCUACUAGCAUUCCCAUGGUUCGGAGCUCAAUUUUUGUCUCACGCAUUUUUAGCCCUCGAACGAGACAAACGAUUUAAACAUAUUACAAGAUUUUUAAAUCUUGCGGAUUUGGCUCCUCACGUGUCCGGAACCGGAUAUACUUUUUUCGUACCGGUAGAUACCGCCUUUGAAGAUCUCGGAUUAAAUAAGAUGCCCGACAACUACCUGUCAAACGGCGAAGGUCUGCAAAUACUGCUCAAUCACUUUGUUAAAGGACGUUUAUACGAUCAUGAUCUGAAGAACAAUACGAACCUGGUCACUUUAGGAAAUCAAACUAUAGCUGUGAAUAGGACAUUGGAUCAUGUAUACGUUAACGAUGCUAAUAUAUUGGAAAGCGAAGUGUUCGUGUACAAUCUAGGCACCAUGUUCUAUGUUGACAAAGUGCUAUUUGCAAACGUUACUACUUUGCCAUCUUACAACGCAGACGUACCACCGGGUACUGAUAAUCCGACAGAAGAAACCCUCGAAGAUUUCACUCAGAAAAGCUUCGACAAUGACGAAACCGAAAUUAUAUCGAGCACUCGAUCAGAAACAACAACCAAUAGUUUUCCAUAGAGGCGGAGUAAAAUAAUUGUAAAAUGUUUCACAAACUAUCUGUAAAUAGAAUCAGUUCGUUUGGGGGUGAAUAAUACAGGGUGGCUUAAAGUUGAAACGUUUGCGUUUAAGCGGGACUCAUUGGAAUCGCAUGCUUGAUUUCGACGUUUAUUUUUAACUAGCCAAUAAGGAUAAUGUGUGAUAACUUAAAGAUAUCGAUGACUGUCUAUGUUCGUAGAAAUUUCAUAGUUACACAAAAAGGAAAAAAAAUGUCGCGUCAUUAAUUGUUAUAUAUAUUUGUUUGUGUGUUUUAGAUAGGGGACACAUAAGUUAUAUUUUUAACAAGAUAAAGUUUACUUAUGGCAGAAAGCCAAGCUUUUGAUAUAAGUUAUUUAGUUGGCAAUUUUUUACUAUUUAAAAAUUUUAGAUUUUAAAGUUAUUCAAUAAUUUGUAGGAAUUAUUUGUCUAAGUUUUAGUGAUAGUGAUAUCCAAUAAAUAUCCUAAAUAUA